CGGACCGUGGACUUAGUACAUUCUCAGACGAUUUUGCCGACAGAGCAGUCGGCAGCGUUAGUGCGUCUUACCACUGCCAGGGCCAAUCUACAACUCGUCAAGGAGAGAAGUGAGGGCAAUCCCUUGAAGAACUUUCUACCUCAACUUGUGUACUAUCAUUACUAUUUCAACCAUGCCCUCGUAAGGGCAAUGCCUAAUAUCUGCAAGCAUGGGAAUAAGGAUCUAUUUGCUCUGCAGAUGAAGCGACUUUACGCCGUCACAUCCACCCAAGCAGUCUUGACUGCAGCUGCGUCUAAUUACCGGUCAUCCGGCGCGCGUAUCUCCACGUUGAUCCGGCGCAAUGUGACAAGUGGGGAAGAGCCACGUGGCAAUGGAGGUGGAGGAGGAGGAGCUUGGGAAUCCGAUAAAUCGCGGAGGCGGCGGGAGGGCUGUCCGCAGAAUGGGAAUGCAGGCGAAGGAGAAGCCGGAGAGGGUGAUAUCAGAGAGGACGAAGAGGAGGAAAGAAUGCCAGAUCAAGUGGAGGAUGCAGAAUCUCGUCCCAGAGAGAGUGACAGCGGAGUUGCUGACACGUCGCAUUGGGGCAGCCGAAAUCGCCAGACCACAGGGCCGCCCCCGGCGGGCCUCAGACCGAGGUCGUCUUCGCGCGGACGUGACUCUAGCGUUUCAUCGGCAAGGUCGGUUGUGAUGGCACCGGCAUCCGCAAGGCCAGGUUUGGGGAUUGAACACUCAGAACAUUCGCUAAACAAGACUCAGACCGGAAGAAGCAGCAGCUACGCAGUCUCUAACCCCUUGCGCAAUCAAGGGGGCCCAGCAGGUUAG